AUGCAGCAGGAGCUGCUUGAGGACGACUUCCCGCUCGUGGUCUGCAAGGUGAAGUUCGCGCCCCCGAAGGGCACCGGCCCGCACCUCCUCGCGCUGAACGUGGGCGACCUCGUCCGCGUGACCAGCGUCCUGUCCCAGGACGUGUCCAUGUACCACGGCUUCCUCGAGCGCCGGCAGUCCGAGCAGGGCUGGUUCCCGAGGAGAGCUGGCCACAAACAGCCUGCGGCCAGGGCAAGGCCGGGCACGGUGGGCAUGAGGCCCGUCGGGGUCGCUGGCGCCGCGGCGGGAACAUCAGCGGAGCAGGUGGCCUUCGGCGUUGGGCGGCCCAGCAUUGCCGCCCUGCUAGCGGCGGCGGGUUUCGCCGAUCGGGCGAAGGCCGAGCAACGCGGGCGAGCAGCCAUGGCGCGGCGUGCGGACGAGGCCCCCGCUGCCCAGCAGCCCUGA